GUGCAUUUCUCGAAAUGGGCUCCCCAGACUGCUCUUCUGGCGGAUAACCGCGUUCAUGACACACGGAGGUAUUGGCAGUACAAACGAAAUUGCGUAUCUUGGCAAACCGGCUCUGAUGAUUCCAUUGUUCUGUGAUCAAAAUAGAAAUGCGAAUAUGCUUGCGAAGCAUGGAGGAGUUACAAUUGUUCAGAAACGAGAGUUGGAAAAUUUCCACACAAUUCGAAAAGCUAUCCGCUCAAUUUUGCACGAUGAAAACUACAAGUAAAAUGCUGAAAAAUUCGCCAAUUUAUUGCUAAACCAGCCACACAGACCAGAAGAUCAGGUUGUCAAGCACACUGAAUUUGUCGCUAAAUUUGGUCCGAUCCCGGAAAUGGAUCCACAAGGAAGGAAGAUUGGAUUUAUUGGCAGAAACUUAUUGGGUGUGUAUUUUAUUAUUGCUUUAUCGUAUUUUGUACCAUUUUCUUUGCUUUUCAUUGUGCUAAGAUUUAUAUUUAAACAAUUUUCGCUGAAAAUUGUGAAGAA